GUUACUUAUAAAUUAUUUGCUAUCCUUAUCAAGAAAAUCAAUAGAUUUGCGCAAACGCAAAUCAUUUCGAGUCGAAAUCGCGUGGUUUUGGGAAAGCUUUUGGUCGAUGUGAUGUGUUUUCACUAAAAGUCGUGUUUUUUUAUGAAAUUUCAAGACAUGUUUUUCCUGUUUAAGAAGUAAUGUUGGUUCAAACGUUUUAGAGGUCACAAAUGUGUCAGAGAGGAAGAAAAUGGUCGAUUUUAACAUUUUGUCUAAUCGUCUUAAUGUUAUAUAAUUUGUUAUUAACGGCAAAAUUAAUGUACAAAUCGGAUUGUUCAAGAAAUGUAAUUCAAGUCCAAAAAGUAGAAGCACCAAGAAAUAAGCCAUGUUUAAAUGAUUUGGGUGAAUUUACGGUAACCCAACCGUUUUCAAAGUUAGACUUUCGAUUAGGAAGAUGGGAUAAUUCCCGAAAUUACAAAUAUUUCGACAAUCUUCUUAUUGGUGAGGAAUUCGCUGAGUUAGGUGAUAAAUUUUCUGUUUGUUUGGCAACCCAGAGUACGGUUGAGAGACUCUUCUCAAUUGCGGAAGUUGCCAAUCAAUGGGCAGCUUCGAUUUCCUUGGCCGUUUUUGCAGCCGGCGAUGACGAAUUAAAAAUUUUAUUGGUUUACAUUAUUUACUUAAGACAAUGCUUCGCGAAUAUUAAAAAUAAAGUAACUUUUCACUUAGCCGUGCCUAAAGGUAGAAUGCCUACAUCAAACGAAAUCGAUAUCAAUGAUCUACCAAAUAUGGACUGCACCAAACCAGAAAUAACUUUAAAUCAAUUGCUCAAAAGAAGAUCAUCCGCAACCGAAAAAUGGAGAAACAAACAUCCAUAUCCACAAAACCAUAUGCGCAAUUUAGCGAGAAAACAUUGCGGUUCCGGUUAUGUUUUUUUAACGGACGUCGAUGUUAUUCCAAGCAAUAAACAAGCUGAGCUUUUAAAUGAAUUUUUAAAAGAGACUGAUUGCGAUGGGAAAUGCGCUUAUGUUAUUCCUACUUAUGAAUUAGACGAUAGGGUUGCUUUUCCACCCAAUAAAAGCGAAUUAGUUCGACUGGCUAAUAAAGGAUUAGCGAGACCUUUUCAUCAGAAAGUAUUUGUUUUUAAUCAAUUCGCAACAAAUUUUUCAAAAUGGCAAAACUACAAAUCAGAAGAAGAUAAAGUUGUUGUUAGCCACACGGUAACUAAUUUCGAAUUCUUAUACGAACCUUUUUAUGUUGCACCAGAUGAUGUACCUCCACACGACGAAAGAUUCGUUGGAUAUGGCUAUACUAGAAAUACUCAAGUUUAUGAAAUGUAUGUAGCUGGUUACGAAUUUUUCGUUUUAUCACCUCUAUUCACUUGCCAUUGGGGAUUACAAUUUAAACGCGGCCGACCACAUUGGCGGGAAAUUCAAAACACCCAAAACAGACAUCGCUUUGAAGUAUUUAAACACGAGGUAUUUGCUAAAUACGGCCGAGAUCCUUUAGAUAUGGUAUCAAUAAGGAGAAGAGCUCGCAAACAUCAACACGUUCAUAAUCAUCAAAACGAAUAAAAAAAUGAUGUUGAUCAAGGAAAAAGAAACCGUUGAGAUGUACUGUGUACAUGUAUUUUAAUAAUUUAUUUUAAAUAUAUUUUCAACGAAAAAAAUC